AUGACAGCAAAGAUUUGUAACAUAAAGCGUUCUAAGUGUUGUUCAAAACAAUGUCUGAUUGGACUUGGUAUUGGUUUAUUAAUUGGUAUUAUACUUAUCGUUGCUAUUGCAGUUCCCGUUGGUAUUAUUACCAGAAAAUGUGGUUUGGGAACAGUCUCUUCUACACCUAACUGGAUAGGUACAUAUCAGAUGGAUAAUGCAUGUGAUACAAGCAUUUGUUGUUGUUAUACUAAUCAAGUGUUUUUUUCUCAAAUAACUAGUAAUCAACUACAAAUUUCAGGUAGUGUUACCGGUGCAUGUACUGGUUCUUCAUCCACUGCUACACUGACACUAUCAAUGCCCUCAACCUUUCAAACACUUCUUAUAUGGUCUACAGAAACAAUUCGUCUCCAAUUAGGUCAAGAUAAUUCUUACAUAUCAUUCGUGAAUACCGCACGUGGAUCUUGUAGUACUAGUGGAAUGAGAACGUCAUAUAAUACUGGUAUUUUUACAAAACGUUCAUUAAUUAUUCAAUCUGAUUUUUAUUUGGGUAAAAAAAUGAAAUUAUUGAAUGAUAAUAAACAAUUUCAAAAGACUCUCGAAUUAUUUGAUCAAUAUAAGAAAAACAAAAGUGAAACAUUUUCAAGUAUGAUUAUAACUGAAGCUUUAAAAGCAUGUACUCAUCUAAAAGAUCUUCAACGCGCUGAAACUAUUCAUCAUCUCAUUUCAUCACAUAUAGAAGAUGAUUCUUAUAUAUCAACAUCAUUAAUUCAUUUAUAUAAUGCUUAUCUAUUAACUUCUCUAUUAGAUGCAUUUAUGAAGUGUGGUGAUAUUAAAAACGCUGAAUUAUUAUUUAAUAGAAUAUCAAAGAAAGUAUUACCAACGUAUGGAGCAAUGAUGAAAGGUUAUAUUGAAAGUAAUCAACCAAAUAAAGUAAUUGAUCUUUUCAAUACUAUACAAAACCCUAGUGAAGUUAAUAUAAUUAUUUCAUUUAAUGCUUGUGCUCAAUUAGGAACUGAAAAAGUAUUAAAUUUAGUAAAAAAAAAUGCAUUAAUGACAUGUGGUGAUAUAUCAUAUGCGGAAUUAUUAUUUAAUUCUUCAAUAACAAAAGAUUCAGAAAUAUAUGGAGCAAUGAUGAAAGCAAAUAAAACAAUUGAUCUUUUUAAUAAAAUUCCAAAUGCUAAUAAUAUUAAUUAUAUUCUUCUAUGUAAUGCAUGUGCUCAAUUAGGAUCAAAUGAAGCGUUGAAUUUAGUAAAAAAAAAUUCUCAAAAUAUUCCACAAUCAUUUUAUUCAAAUCGUCGUCUUUUAACUUUUUUAUUAGAUGCAUUAGUUAAAUGUGAUGAUUUAGUAUAUGCUCAAUCAUUAUUUGAUACAUCAAUAAAGAAAGAUUCAGGAAUGUAUGCAGUUUUAAUGAAUAGAUAUAAUAAAGAAAAUAAUCCUAAGAAAACAUUAGAUUUAUUUUCUCAAAUGAAACUAAAUGAAAUUAAAGAUAAUUUAAUUGUUUAUAUUUGUGUUAUUAAAGCUUUAUCUCAAAUUAGUAAUUAUGAAUUAUCUCAAUCGAUAAUAAAACAAAUUUCAAAACAUUUUCUUAUUGAUAAUCAUAUUCAAAUAGCAUUAAUUGAUAUGUGGGCAAUUAAUACUUAUGGUUUAAAUGGGAUGGGUAUUCAAGCAAUUGAACUAUAUCAACAAAUUUCAUCAGAAUUAAUUAAUGAAAUAACUCAAAUUUGUAUUUUAAAUGCAUGUUCAAAUUCAGGACUUGUUCAUGAAGCUCUUUCAAUAUUUGAAAAUAUUCAAGAGAAAACAACAAAAAUUUAUACUACAAUGAGAUUUGCUCCAUGUCGGCUUUUUGCAUUCAGUCAAUUAGAAAAACCAAUUAGAAUUAAUUUACAAGAUAAAUUUCGUGAAUGGCAUUGUGGUCUUGUUUGUUUUAAUGAGUAUGGAGGCCAAAAAUUAUGGGCUUUACAGUGUGCUAUUGCUUCAACAUAUCAACAAUUCUUAAAUAAAGAUCAAACAUUAAAUAUCUGGAGUUGUGGUCUUGAUCUAUCAAUCAGUAACAACAGUUCCAAUGGUAAAAUUUUAUCUAUGGUUCAAUAUGCUGUCAACGACUGUUUGUCAGUAACAAAAUUAGCUUACAAUAUGGGCGAAGAUGUUUUAAGUAUACAUAUUUGA